UCUGCUUCAGUGCCAAUUGUGAAGUAUCAUUAGCCAAUCAAAUACCAUCAAAGCCACCAUAUUUACCCAACACAAACUCAAAAAAAACCAUACUAUGGUUGUUUUUUUUGGAGGAACUUGGGUGAAGUGUACCUUUUCAAAACUCAUGGCUAUGUCUGCAGCUUUGAGUCUCUCCCAAUUCCCAGUUUCUGGGUUUAUUUGCUUCCCCAAAAGGAGACUACCCAGUAGAAGCUCUUACAUACGUGCCAUGUCCGAAACCUCUUCUUCCACUUCUGUGAGUAGCCAAAAAGAAGGACCAACAACCGAUUAUUCUUCAGCUUCGUCGGUGACAAUUGUUCCUCCCCCCAACUUCAAGCCCCCAGAGCCUAAACGCUUUGCCGUCAGACCUGACAAGAUCGGUGAAGUGCUUGGAGCGGCGCUUCCUUUGCUGUUUCGCUUUGCCACUGGAGUUUUCGUUUCUGGGUAUUCUUUUUCAGUUGUUUCUAAGGAUGAAAUUCCUCCGGACCAAUAUGCUUUGGAACUUAAUGGCAUUACGAUCAAAGAAACAUCAAAAUUAGGUCCUCGCCCAGAGAAGUAUAUUGAGAUAUAUGAAUUUGAGAGCUGUCCCUUUUGCCGAAAGGUUAGAGAAAUUGUUGCCAUUUUGGACCUUGAUGUUGUUUUCUAUCCUUGUCCAAGAAAUGGUCCAAAUUUCCGUCCAAAGGUUCUUCAGAUGGGUGGUAAACUGCAGUUCCCCUACAUGGUUGAUCCUAACACAGGUGUUUCAAUGUAUGAAUCAGAUGACAUAAUUCGGUAUUUGGUUGACAAAUAUGGUGAUGGAAAAGUUCCUUUAUCUUUAUCACUUGGAUUUUUAACGACACUAACUGCUGGUCUUGGUAUGCUUAGUCGUAUCGGGAAGGGGACAACUUAUACUCCAGCAAAGUUCCCCCCAAAACCACUUAAAUUAUGGGCAUAUGAGGUGUCUCCUUUCUGCAAGAUUGUACGAGAAGUACUUGUGGAAUUGGAGCUGCCACACUUGCUUGUCAGUUGUGCUAGGGGUAGCCCAAAGAGACAUAUACUAUAUCAGAAAACUGGACAUUUCCAGGUACCCUUUUUGGAAGAUCCAAACACUGGGAUAGAAAUGUUUGAAAGUGCAGAAAUCAUCGAGUAUCUAAGAGCAACAUACGCUCUUCAGUAGCAGAGGGUUUUUAAGUCACACUCAUGAUAUGUGCCUUCAUUUCCUUUUGUAAAUGUAAUUGCUAUUGGCUCUAACACGGUAAAAUCAAAUUUUCUCUUUAUAGAAAUUUCAAAACUUAAA